GAGGCCCUGGCUGUGGGAGGGGGCUGGGAAGACUUGGCUCUCCGGAGCAGGAAGCCAGGCCGCAGGCAGGGGAGUCUGAGGGGCCCCUCGCUGGGGAGGCAAACAGGAAGGACUGCCCCCUGAGCCCUGGGCCCCGGCCCGGGAAUCGCCGCCGCCAGAGCCGCAGCUCCGGGCCGAGGGUAAGGAGGGGAACCGGGAGCGGGCGGCCAGGGGAAAGCUCCGCGAGUCCCGGCGCCCGGUCCCCAAACGCGCCCCGCCUCCCGGGCCCCGCCGCCGCUCCCGGCCUUCCCCCGCGCCGCCGCGAUGAAGGCGGGCUCGGGGGACCAGGGGAGCCCCCCGUGCUUCCUGCGCUUCCCGCGGCCCGUGCGGGUGGUAAGUGGCGCCGAGGCCGAGCUCAAGUGCGUGGUGCUGGGGGAGCCGCCGCCCAUUGUCGUAUGGGAGAAGGGCGGGCAGCAGCUGGCGGCCUCGGAGCGCCUGAGCUUCCCGGCGGACGGCGCCGAGCACGGCCUGCUGCUGAGCGGCGCGCUGCCCACCGACGCGGGGGUCUAUGUGUGCCGCGCCCGCAAUGCGGCCGGAGAGGCCUACGCGGCGGCCGCCGUCACCGUGCUGGAGCCGCCGGCCCCCGAGCGCGAGCCCCAGCCUGCCGAACGCCCGCGGCCGCCGCCCGGGGCCGGGGAGGGCGCCCCGGUGUUCCUGACGGGGCCCCGGUCCCAGUGGGUGCUGCGGGGGGCGGAGGUGGUGCUGGAGUGCCAGGUGGGGGGCCUCCCCGUGCCAACGCUGUACUGGGAGAAGGACGGGAUGGCGCUGGACGAAGUGUGGGACAGUAGCCACUUCUCCCUCGAACCUGGCCGCGCCGAGGGCCGCCCGGGCGCGAGCCUGGCGCUGCGCAUCCUGGCGGCGCGGCUGCCCGACUCCGGCGUCUACGUGUGCCACGCCCGCAACGCGCACGGCCACGCGCGGGCCGGCGCGCUGCUGCAAGUGCAGCAGCCCCCCGAGAGCCCGCCGGAGGACCCGGACGAGGCCCCGAACCCCGUGGUGGAGCCGCUCAAGUGCGCGCCCAAGACCUUCUGGGUGAACGAGGGCAAGCACGCCAAGUUCCGCUGCUACGUGAUGGGCAAGCCCGAGCCCGAGAUCGAAUGGCACUGGGAGGGCCACCCGCUGCUCCCUGACCGCCGCCGCCUCAUGUACCGCGACCGCGAUGGCGGCUUCGUGCUCAAGGUGCUCUACUGCCAGGCCAAGGAUCGCGGGCUCUACGUGUGUGCCGCGCGCAACUCGGCGGGCCAGACGCUCAGUGCCGUGCAGCUGCAUGUUAAAGAGCCUCGCCUCCGCUUCACGAGGCCCCUGCAGGACGUGGAGGGCCGGGAGCAUGGGAUUGUGGUGCUGGAGUGUAAAGUCCCCAACUCCCGCAUUCCCACGGCCUGGUUCCGCGAGGACCAGCGGCUGCUGCCCUGCCGCAAGUACGAGCAGAUCGAGGAGGGCACGGUCCGGCGCCUCAUCAUCCACAGGCUGAAGGCAGAUGACGAUGGAGUUUACCUGUGCGAGAUGCGCGGCCGGGUGCGCACCGUGGCCAAUGUGACAGUCAAAGGGCCCAUCCUGAAGCGGCUGCCCCGGAAGCUCGAUGUUUUUGAGGGAGAGAACGCGGUGCUGCUGGUGGAGACCCGCGAGGCUGGGGUGGAAGGGCGCUGGAGUCGAGAUGGGGAGGACCUGCCGGCCACCUGCCAGAGCAGCUCCGGCCACAUGCAUGCCCUGGUCCUGCCAGGGGUCACCCGAGAAGAUGCUGGCGAGGUCACCUUCAGCCUGGGCAACUCCCGUACCACCACUCUGCUCAGAGUCAAAUGCGUCAAGCACAAUCCCCCAGGACCCCCAGUGUUGGCAGAAAUGUUCAAGGGCCACAAGAACACGGUCCUGCUGACCUGGAAGCCUCCCGAGCCAGCUCCCGAGACCCCCUUCAUCUACCGGCUGGAACGGCAGGAGGUGGGCUCAGAAGACUGGAUCCAGUGCUUCAGCAUUGAGAAAGCUGGGGCCGUGGAGGUGCCGGGAGACUGUGUGCCCUCCGAGGGCGACUACCGCUUCCGCGUCUGCACCGUCAGCGAACACGGCCGCAGCUCCCAUGUCGUGUUCCAUGGGUCUGCUCACCUCGUGCCCACAGCUCGCCUGGUGGCCGGUCUGGACGACGUGCAGGUAUAUGACGGGGAAGAUGCCGUCUUCUCCCUCGAUCUCUCCACCAUCAUCCAGGGCACCUGGUUCCUUAAUGGGGAAGAGCUCAAGAGUAAUGAGCCAGAGGGCCAGGUAGAGCCUGGGGCCCUGCGGUACCAGAUGGAGCACAAGGGCCUGCAGCACAGACUCAUCCUGCAAGCUGUCAGGCACCAGGACAGCGGGGCCCUGGUUGGCUUCAGCUGCCCAGGUGUGCAGGACUCGGCUGCCCUCACCAUCCAAGAGAGCCCGGUGCACAUCCUGAGCCCCCAGGACAAGGUGUCGUUGACCUUCACAACCUCGGAGCGGGUGGUACUGACCUGUGAGCUCUCCCGGGUGGACUUCCCAGCGAGCUGGUACAAGGACGGGCAGAAGGUGGAGGAGAGCGAGUCGCUGGUGGUGAAGAUGGAUGGGCGCAAACACCGCCUGAUCAUGCCUGAGGCCCAGGUCCAGGACAGUGGCGAGUUUGAGUGCAGAACGGAAGGGGUCUCAGCCUUCUUCAGCGUCUCCGUCCAAGACCCCCCCGUGCACAUCCUGGAUCCCCGGGAGCACGUGUUUGUGCACGCCAUAACCUCCGAGUGCGUCAUGCUGACCUGUGAGGUGGACCGGGAGGACGCCCCCGUGCACUGGUACAAGGACGGGCAGGAGGUAGAAGAGAGCGACUUCGUGGUGCUGGAGAACGAGGGGCCCCAUCACCGCCUGGUGCUGCCCGCCGCCCAGCCUCCAGAUGGGGGCGAGUUCCAGUGCGUCGCUGGGGACGAGCGCGCCUACUUCACUGUGACCAUCACAGAUGUCUCCUCGUGGAUCGUGUAUCCCAGCGGCAAGGUGUACGUGGCAGCCGUGCGCCUGGAGCGUGUGGUGCUGACCUGCGAGCUCUGCCGGCCCUGGGCCGAGGUGCGCUGGACCAAGGAUGGCGAAGAGGUGGUGGAGAGUCCCGCGCUGCUCCUGCAGAAGGAGGACACCGUCCGCCGCCUGGUGCUGCCCGCCGUCCAGCUGGAGGACUCGGGCGAGUACUUGUGUGAAAUCGAUGACGAGUCUGCCUCUUUCACCGUCACUGUCACAGAACCCCCGGUGCGCAUCAUACACCCCCGGGACGAGGUGACCUUGGUCGCCGUGAGCUUGGAGUGUGUGGUGCUGAUGUGUGAGCUGUCGCGGGAGGACGCCCCCGUGCGCUGGUACAAGGAUGGGCUGGAGGUGGAGGAGAGUGAGGCCCUGGUGCUGGAGAGUGAUGGGCCCCGCCGCCGCCUGGUGCUGCCUGCUGCCCAGCCCGAGGACGGGGGCGAGUUCGUGUGCGACGCUGGAGACGACUCAGCCUUCUUCACUGUCACCGUCACAGCCACUCCAGAGAGGAUUGUGCACCCGGCGGCCCGCUCCCUGGACCUGCAGUUCGGGGUUCCAGGGCGCGUGGAGCUGCGCUGCGAGGUGGCCCCGGCUGGGUCCCAGGUGCGCUGGUACAAGGAUGGGCUGGAGGUGGACGCAUCAGAUGCCCUGCAGCUGGGUGCCAAGGGGCCCGCUCGCACCCUGACCCUGCCCCACGCCCAGCCUGAGGAUGCCGGGGAGUAUGUGUGUGAGACUCGUGAUGAAGCCGUCACCUUCAACGUCAGCCUGACUGAGCCCCCCGUCCAGUUCCUUGCGCCAGAGGCGGCCCCCAGCCCGCUCUGCGUGGCCCCCGGCGAGCCGCUGGUGCUGAGCUGUGAACUGUCCCGGGCUGGCGCCCUCGUCUUCUGGAGCCACAACGGGAGGCCGGUGCAGGAGGGUGAGGGCCUGGAGCUCCAAGCCGAGGGCCCCCGCCGUAUCCUCUGCAUCCGGGCUGCAGACCCGGUCCAUGCCGGCCUCUACACCUGCCAGGCAGGGGCAGCCCCGGGGGCGCCCAGCCUCAGCUUCACCGUCCAAGUGGCUGAGCCCCCCGUGCGGGUGGUGGACCCCGAGGCAGCCCAGACGAGGGUUCGCAGCACACCAGGCGGGGACCUGGAGCUGGUGGUGCACCUCUCCGGGCCGGGAGGCCCUGUGCGCUGGUACAAGGACGGGGAGCGCCUGGCAAGCCAGGGGCGGGUGCAGCUGGAGCAGGACGGGGCAAGGCAGGUGCUGCGGGUGCAGAGGGCCCGGAGCAGGGAUGCCGGGGAGUACCUGUGCGACACGCCCCAGGACAGCCGCAUCUUCCUCGUCAGCGUGGAAGAACCACCGCCGGUGAAGCUGGUCUCAGGGCUGACACCACUCACUGUCCACGAGGGUGAUGAUGCCACGUUCCGGUGUGAAGUCUCCCCACCGGACGCCGACGUCACUUGGCUGCACAAUGGGGCCAUUGUCACCCCAGGGCCCCAGCUAGAGGUGGCCCAGAAUGGCUCAAGCCGCAUAUUGACCGUGCGAGGCUGCCAGCUCGAGGACGCGGGGACCGUGACUGCCCAAGCAGGGGGCACAUCCACAAGUGCCCGGCUCCACGUUCGAGAGACGGAGCUGCUGUUCCUGCGGCGGCUGCAGGACGUGCGGGCAGAGGAAGGCCAGGACGUGUGCCUCGAAGUAGAGACAGGCCGAGUGGGUGCGGCAGGGGCCGUGCGCUGGGUGCGAGGUGGGGCACCCCUACCACCCGACUCCCGCCUGUCCACGGCCCAGGAUGGCCACAUCUACCGCCUCUUCAUCCACGGUGUCGUACUGGCCGACCAGGGCACCUACGGCUGCGAGAGCCACCACGAUCGCACCCUGGCCAGGCUCAGCGUGAAGCCAAGGCAGCUAAGGGUGCUGCGGCCUCUGGAGGAUGUGACCGUCAUCGAGGGGGGCAGUGCCACCUUCCAGCUGGAGCUGUCCCAGGAGGAUGUGACCGGGGAGUGGGCCCGGGGUGGAGUCCGGCUGCAGCCGGGGACCACGUGCCAAAUUCACGCAGAGGGCCACGCUCACUGCCUGGUACUCAGUGGCCUGGGCCUGGCCGACUCGGGCUGCAUCUCCUUCACUGCGGAUGCCCUGCGCUGUGCAGCCAGACUCACUGUGAGAGAGGCCCCAGUGACCAUUGUGCGGGGGCCACAGGACCUAGAAGUGACCGAGGGUGACACAGCUACUUUCGAGUGUGAACUUUCCCAGGCCUUGGCUGAUGUCACCUGGGAGAAGGACGGGCAACCGCUCACCCCCAGCCCUCGGCUCAGACUCCAGGCCCUCGGCACCCGCCGCCUUCUCCAGCUGCGGCGCUGCGGUCCCUUGGACGCCGGGACCUACAGCUGCGUGGUGGGGAUGGCCCGAGCCGGGCCCGUCCACCUGGUGGUUCGCGAGCGCAAGGUGUCUGUCCUCUCCGAGCUUCUGUCGGUGCGCGCCCGCGAAGGCGACGGAGCCACGUUCGAGUGCACCGUGUCGGAGGUCGAGCCAACCGGGAGCUGGGAGCUCGGAGGCCGCCCGCUGAGACCCGGAGGCCGCGUCCGCAUCCGACAGGAAGGGAAGAAACACAUUCUGGUGCUGAGCGUGCUGCGCGCGGAGGACACUGGUGAGGUCCGCUUCCAGGCGGGACCCGCCCAGUCCGUGGCUCAGCUGGAGGUGGAGGCAUUCCCUCUCCAGAUAUGCCGCCGCCCCCCUCGCGAGAAGACAGUUCUGGUCGGCCGCCGGGCGGUGCUGGAGGUGACUGUGUCCCGCUCGGGGGGCCAAGUGUGCUGGUUGCGGGAGGGGGUCGCGCUGUGCCCGGGAGACAAGUACGAGCUGCGCAGUCAUGGCCACACCCACAGCCUGGUCAUCCAUGACGUGCGACCUGAGGACCAGGGCACCUACUGCUGCCAGGCCGGCCAGGACAGCGCCCACACACGGCUGCUGGUAGAGGGUGAGUAA